UCAGUACAGGUUUAAGAAUGAAUGACGAAUCAGUUUAAAAUUUAGAUCAAUAAUAUACGUGCCAUAUUUUGCUCCUAUAAGCUUGGUACAAAGUCUGGCAUUAUCCCGAGAGCAGUUUAGAGAACAUGGACGAAUUAGAGAAAUUAUUCUGUGGCAAAUGGGUAUGUGACCGGAACGAGAACCUAAGAGAAUCAAUGGAGGCUAUGAACAUGCAAAAAGAAGAGAUCGACUUUUUCAUGCAAAAUCAACCAAAAAUGAAAAUCGUACGCCAAAGUGAUAAAGUUUUUCAUUCAAUGGAUCUGGGUAACGGCGUAGUCGACGAUGUUACGUACGAGCUCGGUAAAGGACUUGAAACGAAGGACACCACAAGAGACCCACCGCUGUUUCACAACAAGUUACUAUUUACUUUCGAAAACGGAAAACUAACUUACGAAUGUAGGUCACAGCUAACAGGUCCCAGAAAGCUAGAUACAGUCACCGUUUUGUAUGUUAAAGAUGGUGAACUUAUUUCGGACAUUAGUCCGCUAAAUGACCGUAGUAUUGUCGGCAGGAGGAUUUACAAAAAGGCGUAACCAUGGCAACGAAAGAGAUAUAUGGUGUUUUUCAUGCAGCAGAUUCAGACUAUGUUAAUGUCAACUUACAUCAGUUACCGUAUGCUGGAAAAAUGUGUUAGUAGAAACAGAAAUUGCCAUUAAUAUAUAGAAAUGGAAAAUUCAAUUUAUUUCCAUACAUACCUGUAACAUUAAGAGAUUGCGCGAAAUUAAAGAGCACGCGAAUUGAAAUGGAAAAAAAUAAAUGUAAAAAAUGUUUCAUUAAUAAAAUGUGCCGUUAUAUUAACUAGUCAA